AUGGUAGAAAGGUUCCACAGAAGUUUGAAAUCUUCUCUGCGAGCAAGAUUAGCAAAUUCUGAUUGGAUUUCUCAUCUUCCUAUGGUUCUCCUGGGUUUGAGAGCCACUCCGAAGGAUGAUACCGGCCUCUCAGUAUCCGAGGCUGUUUAUGGUGCUCCUCUGACUCUUCCUGGUGAACUUGUAGAUGUUCCUGAGUUACUCCCUGAUACUUUCCUCAGGAAGGUCAACAGAGCUGUUGAGGGUUUCGCCGUUACUCCGCCUCAUCAUGUUCGUCCUGUUCCUCCAGUCCAGCUACCUGCAGCUCUCAUUUCGGCUAAAUACGUUGGUUCGAAGCAGGACGUAGUAUCUGUUGAUCGCCUGAAGCCAGUGUUCAGCGAUACUCCUGUUACUACUGCACUCCCUCCGCCUCGAGGAAGACCCAGGCUCAAACCAGCACCUGCUCCUGCAACUACUCCGCCUCUAUCCGCCACCAAAAAUACUAAGAGGGUCAGAUUUCUACUCAAUCCUCAAGUUGUUCCGCCACCUAUACCUUUACGACGGAACCCUCACAGAUCUGCAAGAGAUAGAAGGAUCUGCUCCGCCAUUUCUCCGCCGUUCCUUCUGGGGGGAGUACUGUGGCGGAUAUGA